AUGUCUGCCAUCGCGUCUCUGGAUCCGCAUGUGCGCGGCAUCAUCGAGGACGCCGCCGCCGACGGCAUCCCCUUCCGGGCCCGGACGGCGCAUAUGCACGCGACGUGGGCGCGCACCUUUGCCUCGCUGCCGGAGCUGUACAUCCAGCCGCAGUCGCAGCAGGAGGUCGAGAAGGCCGUGAAGCUCGCCCGUCGAUGCCGGCGGCGCAUCACCACCGUCGGCCACGCCCACUCGCCGUCCGACCUGACGUGCACGAGCAACUGGCUCGUCAACCUAGACGGCUUCAAGAAGGUCUUGUCUGUUGAUGAGGCAACGGGACUGGUGGUCAUGCAGGCCGGCAUCCGCCUCUGGCAGCUGACCGAGGAGCUCAACAAGCACGGCCUCUCGUUCCCCGUGCUGGGCAGCGUCAACGAGCAGACCAUCGCCGGCGUCAUCAGCACCGGCACCCGCGGCAGCACCCUCAAGCACGGCCUGCUCUCCGAGGCCAUCUCGUCCCUCAAGAUCGUCCUGGCCAGCGGCGAGACGGUGGCGUGCUCGCCCGCCGAGAACCCGGACCUCUUCCGGGGCGCCCUCCUCUCGCUCGGCGCCCUCGGCAUCAUCACCGAGGUCAGCUUCCGCGCCGUGCCGGCCUUCAGCCUGCGGUGGCAGCAGACGAUCCAGGCCGACGCCACCAUGCUCGACGCCUGGAAGCAGGACAACAAGCUGUGGACCCAGUCCGACUUUGUCCGCGUCUGGUGGCUGCCGUACACGAGGCGGGCCGUCGUCUGGAAGGCCGACGUCGUCACCAAGGAGGACCUCGAGUCCGGCCGGGAGAAGAAUCGGGACCCGCCCGUCGGCUACUACGACGGCGCGCUCGGGUACCACAUUUACCACAACCUGCUGUACCUGUCGCGUUACAUCCCGCGCAUCCUGCCCUGGGUAGAAUGGUUCGUCUUCGGCAUGCAGUACGGCUUCAAGAACGGCUACACCUCGUCGGCCGUCCAGCCCAUGGAUAAAGCCCUGUGGAUGAACUGCCUGUACAGCCAGUACGUGAACGAGUGGGCCAUCCCCCUCCACCGCGGGCCCGAGGCCCUGAUGCGCCUCGGGUCCUGGAUCAACAGGCUGCAGCCCGGGGACCCGAACUACGUCGCCCACGGCAUCCCGUACUCGGCCGAGGGCCUGUACAUCCACUCGCCCGUCGAGGUGCGCGUCUGCGACGCCACCGUCCACACGAGCGCCGAGCAGGGCAACCGGCCGUUCCUCGACAGCACCGUCAAGGACGGGCCGACACUGAACCUCAACGCCACCAUGUACCGCCCCUACGACCUCGACCCGCCCGGCCUGCGGCGCUGGUUCCAGGGCUUCGAGUGGCUGAUGCGCGACCUCGGCGGCAAGCCGCACUGGGCCAAGAACUUUGACGUCCGCAACGACGAGUUCGCGGCGUGGUACGGCGACGACCUGGAGCGGUGGCGCCGCGUGCGCGACGAGGUCGACCCGGACGGCCUGUUCGUCGGGCCCUGGCACCGCCAGUUCGUGCUGGACCCCGAGACGCCCCUGCUCGCGUUCGAGGAGGUUGAGAAGACGAGGCACGACGCCGGCAGGGGGGUCACCGUGUACGGCACCCGCGCGCAGUUAGGGGACGAGGAGGCGGCCGGGGAGGCCGAGAAGGCAUGA